AUGGUGGAUGGGCCCCAGCUCUGCUGUGAUGCCUGCUGGGCGCGGGUUCAGGACGAUCCUCCUUGUGUGGCCUGGGUGUGGAUACAUGAUGGCCACUGCUAUCAGAAGUACACCGGCGAAUUCCCGGUGGUGCAAUACUUCGAUCGGUCGACCAGUGAUGCCGGCCUCCUACUAACAACAACCACCACAACUUUCUCAAUCGCAGCAUCGACUACGAACUCAAGCACCACAGAUACCACCACAACAUUGAGCAGGACAACUAGUUCCACAUCCACCAGCACGACCACAUCCAACACAAGCACCACGGAUACCACCACAACAUUGAGCACGACAACUAAUUCUACAUCCACAAGCACGACCACAUCCAACACAAGCACCACCGACACCUCCACAACAUUGAGCACGACAACUAAUUCUACAUCCACAAGCACGACCACAUCCAACACAAGCUCCACGGACACCACCACAACAUUGAGCACGACAGCUAAUUCUACAUCCACAAGCACGACCACAUCCAACUCAAGCGUCUCGGAUACCACCACAACAUUGAGCACGACAACUAAUUCUACAUCCACCAGCAUGACCACAUCCACAACGAUCUCUUCCAGUUCGAACACUACAGCGAGCUGGACACCAAUGCCAUGGACAACGACCACCACGUUCAUGACCAGCAGCACACCCACAUCUACCACUCUUUCUGAUACCACUAUGACCACAUCAACGCUUUCAAGUACGGCUUCUAGCAGCACAACUGUCUCUUUCACGCGGACCUCUUCAACUUCCACUUCGCACACGCGCACUUCGAGCUCGACAACCACCUCCAGCAUCUCCUCCUCUCGAAGCAGCACUUCGACUUCGAGAUCCACGUCGCUUAGCAGCACCUCGGUGUCAAGAACAACUUCCUCUUUGACGACUACAUCUUCGACCACGUUCACACGCACUUCAAGCUCGACAACGACCUCCACAAUAUCCUCCACGACUUCAAGCUCCACGUCGCGUACAACAACCACUUCCACAAGGACAGCCACUUCCAGUACCACCUCGAGCACCUCUCGGUCUUCUUCGACCACCUCAAGCACCUCAUCCACUUCCACCACCUACUCCAGUUCGACUUCGACCAGCACCAGCAGUUCCAGAACGCAAUCGACCUCCAGUUCGGUGACCAGCUCAAGCCUCACGGCAACAGCGAGCUCCACCACGACAAGGAGCUUCACCAGCUCUACGACAACGUCUACGUUACUGGACAAUGUGGAGCUGCCGGCAGGUCUGGUCGGGACAACGGCCGGCGAGGUGCUCACGCAGGCCCUGCAGGCGGCGGUCAUGGCCGUUGGCCAGGAGACACGGUUAGUUGAGGGCAGACACGUUAGUUAA